CUGCGCCAUGACGUCAUGUGACGAGCAGUAGCGGCCGCGGCGGCGGAUUUCCCGUCGUGCUCCGGGUCAGUCUAGGAGGCUGCGACCAAUGCACCGUGUCACCGGCUUGGGGGACAAUGACAACGGAUCCGGUAAACAGGAGGACCGGGAUGGAGGGAGGGUGUGCGGGAUAAGGAAGGAAUCCGGAGCCGGCAAUACAGGGAAUGCUAUAAACAGAGAGAGAGAGAGAGAGAGAGAGAGAGAGAGGAGGGGGGUAGUGUAGGAGACAGAGGGAGGUGGAGAGAGAGACACAUAAUAAGAGAGGAUGGAGAGUGGGGAGAGGAGCACACAAUGCUGUGUACACACAGAGAGAGAGAGAGAGAGAGGACAUGGAUUGGAGGGCAGCACUGGGGGAGGGGGAGGGAGAGAGGGUGUUAGUAUGGAGGGAGGGAGGGAGGGCAGAUCUGCAUUGCAAUGGGGGGAGAGCUGGGCAGGCAGGCAGGCAUUAAUGGGAUUUAGACAGGAAAAGCAAUGCGCCUGUGAAAAGUAUAAAGAGAUGUCAGAUCAUAACAAUAGCAGACUGCUGUGCACAGUGCUUCUUAAAGGGUUAAUGUAAUAUGAACACAGAGCCCCAUAAAGGGUUAAGGUAAUUGGAGCAUAGUGUCCUUUAUUAGGGUUAAGGUAUUUGGACCACAGUCUCCUUUAAAGGGUUAAUGCUAUAUGUACACAGAUCCCUUUUAAAUAAUUAAGGCAAUUAGAGCAUUGUGUAAUUUAAAGGUUUAAGGUAAUCUGAACACAGAGCCCUUUAAAGGGUUACGCUUGAAUGCUUAUACUGAUGUACAGGUCGCACUUCUAAAACCAUUAUUAUUAUUAUUAUUGCCAUUUAUAUAGUGCCAACAGAUUCUGUAGCGCUUUACAACAUUGCACUCUGACUAUUCUUCUACUGGCGUUAUGGGCUAUGAAAUCUUGCAGUGUUCACAUUUGCUUGAUGUUAUAUAGGAUACAGUCAAGUUGCUAUAGUUUUGUCUCAUUAUGAUAAAAGCACAGAUUAAUGUACCAUUUUUUUUUUUUUAAUGUAUUCUCAGCAGCACUGGCUGAAUUUCAGAGGCGAUAAAGGGCUGCUGAUGCGAUACUUCGCCAGUAUAUUAACUAUGAAAGCAUGUGAAAGAUCGUAUAGUCAGAGGUAUUAAAAUGCGAAAGGGAGUUCUCAUAGAGAUGGGGACAUUAUAGUCAUCAAAACAACUUAAUUUUGAAGUCUCACUGCUCAAUUAUCUGGCAUUUAGGAGUUAAAUCACUUUUGUUUCUGUUUAUGCAGCUACACCACCUCUGGCUGUAACUUGUGCAAAGACCAGCAGGCUAUAAACCGUGCAGAAGAUGAGAAAUUCUAAAUCAAACCGACUGCACAGUAAAGGAAGCGUAAACAUUAGAUGACUCUUUACAGGAAUUGUUUUCAGAAGGCUGUGUAAGUCACAAGCAGGGAGGUGUGACUAGGGCUGUAUAAACAAAGUGAUUGAACUCCUAAAUGGCAGACAAUUGGGCAGUGAGAUUGCAGAUGUAUGAUCCAUACACCCAAACUGGUUCAUUAAGCUAAACUUGUUUUGGUGACUAUAGAGUCCCUUUAAGGCAUAUAGAAAGUCCUGCGUCCUAUUUGGUCAUCCUUAAUCAUGGGUUUUAUAUAGUGGUGGAAUGCAUUGGGUUAUGUAUUGUUAAAUAUGUAAAUUCUAUUAAGAUGUUAUCCUCCAGUAGAAAGUUAAUUGUGAUAGUUUAUAGAAGUGUUAAUUAUUGUAUAGUGUGUUUUAUACAGAACCUUGUUUUUACGUUAUUUUUACCUGUUUCUUCCACAUGCUAACAAGAUAUGGAAAUAUUUUUUCUUUAUCUAUGUAGUAAUGUUUAAAAACGUACUAGCUAGUACACACAGAGUGCCGUGGAUCAUGUUAUCCUGAAUGUGCCACUUUUUCAUUGAAUUCUUCUGGAGAAGCCAUCUUACCUGCUAAGAGGUAUUACAAUUGGAACCAAAAAUGUCAAAUGUCAGUGGAGGAGGGAGUUGUAAACCAAACUCAAACAACUGGUGUAAAUCACAAGAAAAGCUUCCUGUACAUGUAAGUAAGCUAAAAAAAAUAAAAUUUUACAUUACUAAAUUAAAUACUUUCAACUAUAUCUUAACACAAAAUUGUUUAUUUCCACUGAGUGCCUGUAAUUGUCACACAUUUAAAGGAUCACUAUAGGUUCAGGAACAGAAACAUGUAUUCCUGACCCUAUAGUGUUAAAACCACCAUCUAGCCUCCCUGGGCCACUCAUGACUCCAUGAAUAUAGCAAAAUCUUACUGUAUUCAAGCCUGAAGCUGUAACUCUGCAUGCUGUUUGUUUAAGAAAAACAAGCAGGCUGCUGACAUCAGAAGUGGUAGCCUGAUCCAAUCACAAUGCUUCCCCAUAGGAUUGGCUGAGACUGACAAAGAGGCAGACCAGGGGCAGAGCCAGCAUGAUUUAAACACAGCCCUGGCCAGUCAGCAUCUCCUCAUAGAGAUUAAUUGAAUCAUUGAAUCUCUAUGAGGAAAGUUCAGUGUCUGCAUGCAGAUGAAGGAGACACUGAAUGUUCGGAUGCAUUUUAGGCAGCCAUGACCCAGGAAGGAUCUCUAACAGCCAUCUGAGGAGUGGCCAGUGAAGUUAUGACUAGGCUGUAAUGGAAACAUUGCAUUUUCUCUGAAAAGACCGUGUUUACAGCAAAAAGCUUCAAGGUAAUGAUUCUACUCACCAGAACAAAUUCAAUAAGCUGAAGUUGUUCUGCAAUAGAACAUAAGAAAGAUGCUAAUAUUUUGUGGUACUUUUCAAUUAGCUAUUCACUGCUUGUGUAAUUUGCAGCAUUCGACAAGUAAUUCUUGUCCCCCUCCACCUCAUUCAUUCUCACACAUUAUGUCUCCCUUAUAUGUCCCUUCCACCUGUCCCCUCUCUCUAAUUUUUGUCAAAUCUGCAUCUCACUAUGAUUUAGUUAGUACUCUCUCUGUUUGUUUCUUCACAAAUCCUCAUGGACCAAGGGUUGGCCUGCCCACUUGCCCAAAAUCCCAGCCCUUUACUCUUCUUUCUUACUGCCCUUAAAGGGACACUCCAGGCACCCAAACCACUUGUGCCCAUUGGAGUGGUCUGGGUGCCAACUCCCACUACCCUUAACCCUGCAUCUGUAAUUAUUGCAGUUUUUAUAAACUGCAAUAAUUGCCUUGCAGGGUUAACUCCUCCUCUAGUGGCUGUCUAGUAGACAGCCAUUAGAGGGCACUUCCUGCUUCAUAGCACAGGUUUUCUGUGCUAGAGCUUCGCUGGUCAUCCUCACGCUGUGUGAGGACCUCCGGCGUCGCUCAAUUCCCCGUAAGAAAGCAUUGAAAAGCAUUUUCAAUGCUUUCCUAUGGAGAGCUCUAAUGCGCAUGCGCGGCAUUAGGUCUCCUCAGCCGUCGGGCGGGAUCGAUCAGUUUCCCCCACCGGCUGACGUGAUGAAUGGGAGGAGCGGCGGCAACCCGAAACCACCGCUGAGGGACAUGGGAGUGGGUCUCAGGUAAGUCACUGAAGGGGUUUUCAUCCCUUCAGCAACCGGGGAUGGGUGGUGGGAGGGAGAGGGGACCUGCAGUGCCAGGAAAACGGAUUGUUUUCCUUGCACUGGAGAAUCCCUUUAAAUCAUGUUGUUCAUUUGUCCUACUUACAUUUGUAAAUGCUGUUUGCUGAAUAAAUUGAAUUACUCUGCAUUAUCUUUAAAAUAAAUAAAUUAAAAAAAAAUAUAUAUUUUUUUUAUUAUUAUUAAAUUCAUCAGUGACAGUGUAGUAGAGUUCCUAUCCAUUCUUUCCAUUUACUUCUUCCUCUACGCAUAACAUAAAUAACACAGAACACAACUAGUGGGUGGCUAACUGAAAACUAACACAUUUUGUUUACUUUAGGAAAUUGAUUAUUCAGUAAUGGGUGGGGAGAGCAAUAAGCAUAUAAAGCAUUAGAGGUAAAUGUAUCUCCAUGGAGUACUCUAUGGUUAGACAAUUACCUUGCUCCCCCAGGUGCCUACAAUUCGACCCCUUAUCACAGAUAAAGCUAAAGGGGUGGUUCCCCUUCAACAUUAUCAUUUUUGAAACCAUCAUUCUCAGCAAAAUAAUACUGCCCAUAGUCUGAUGGCAUUCAUGGGUUAAUGCUUACAUUGCAUCAUUUUUAAAUAUUCCUAACUGUAUAAACACAGACCCUGGAAAAGUAUUUUAGGUUAUGAAUAAACUGGCGUUGCAGUUUGAAAUUGACCUCUGAAACAGAUUUAUUUCAAUUUUAAAUAAUAAUAGUUCUAUGCAUAGUAGUUAUGACAUGCUUAUUAUGUAAUCUUUCAGGUAGAGGAUGCUCUGUCUUACCUGGACCAGGUAAAAAUCCGUUUUGGGAGUGAUCCAGCCACAUACAAUGGAUUUCUGGAGAUUAUGAAGGAAUUUAAAUCUCAAAGGUAAAGUUAGAAUGUUUUGUCUUAUUGAAUUAAAAACUCCAUAAGGAUUGAACAUCAUUUAUUAUGAACCAACAAAGUUCCCAGCAUUGUUUAAUUUUAGAGGCUAUAAAAAUGCCAUAUGAUCUGUUAAAGGAACACUUUAGUGUUACAAAUACAAGUUUGCAUUACUAAGGCUAUAGUAUUCCCCCCCCCCCUGCCUUCCCCCCAUAUAAAACGUAAAAAAAAGAUUUACUUGCCUUGCUUCUAGUGCCAAGACUCAAUACUUGCAGUCGCCAUCCCCGGUGUCAUUUGAAUAGUAUAUAAACUUGAUUUACAUUACCAUAAGCAAUUUUGAAAGGAUUGCCGAUGUGGUUAAGUGAGUUUGUUCUGUUUUUUUUUUUGCAGUAUUGACACUCCUGGCGUAAUCCGUAGAGUCUCCCAGUUGUUCCAUGAGCACCCAGAUCUAAUGCUUGGUUUUAACGCUUUUCUACCACUUGGUUAUAAAAUUGAGCUUCCGAAGAAUGGGAAAGUGGUCGUACAGACUUCUCUGACCAGCCCUGUGAGUAAUCAAGAAGAGUAUUGGAUUAGGGGUAGGGGUAAAAACAGCUUUAAAAAAAAAAAAAAAAAAGCUAACCCCUCAAACUUCAAGGUUCUACCACACAUUUAUUUGGUCCAUUAUUUUUUAUUAUAUCACUUUAAUAUUCAAGGAUAUAAUAUUUCAAUGUAGGGUAAUAACUGCUUGAUCCAAGGAUAAAUCUGACUGCCAUUCUGGGGUCAAGAAUGAAUUUUUUUUUCCUUCCUAGCUUGUUGCAAAAUUGGAAGUGCUUCAAACUGUUUGUUUUUUUUGUCUUCUUUUGGAUCAACAGCAAAAAACAAAUGUGAGGAAGACUGAACUUGAUGGAUGCAAGUCUUUUUUCAGCUAUGUAACUAUGUAAUAACUGAUUUACAAUAUGAGUCUUUUUCUGUUAACAUUAAUUGUACGCAGUUUUGUAACUAUUACUCAUUACAUAUUAAAGAAUUAUUUAUCCCCCACAUAACUGCAGGUCCCUUCGGAUGUGGCCACCAGCUCUUUGCCAAGCAGCCGUGCUACGCUGCCUACUGCACCAGAAAAUUCUCAUAAUGAGAUAACAGAGGAAGCCCGGCAACUGGAUAAAGAAAAGGCACAGCCUCCCCCAGAAUCCGACUCUCUAGAGUUUCACAACGCCAUCAGCUAUGUCAAUAAAAUUAAAACAAGGUUUCUGGACCGGCCUGAAAUCUACAGAUCUUUCUUGGAAAUUCUUCACACAUAUCAGGUAAGAAAGUAAUUUACCUGAAAUUAUCAGCCCAGUAUGAUUGGACAUUAUGCCUUAAAUGGAUACUCCAGACCCCUAAAGCAAGCUGAAGUGCUUAUAUUUAUUCUGAAGUCUGUGAUUGGAUAGCCACAGAAUGUCUAGAAUGGCUUGCAAUGCUUUAGACGAGAUCUGCAAGUGGUUUUUAGUUAUACCUCCUUCCCCAAAUGAAUAAUUAAAUGCAUGCAUGUUUUCAUUUGAGGUAUAUCUACUAAAUAAUGACUUUGAUUUAUUUUGUAUAAAUAGGCAGUGGGGUGUCCCUUUAAAUACGUUAAUUGGCAGAGAUCUGAAGAAACAAUUUAUGUUGAUGCACAUACCUUCUGUUAGCACUUAUGAGAUUAAUCCUGGCAGCAAUGCUAGCUCAUUGACUGAGAGUGUCAACUGAUCAUUCUGAGCCAAAGAGCCAAGUCCUGCACUAGCAUGCCUAGCCCAAUGCAGAGAUAUUCUCAUGGAGGUGACCACUUAGCGACAGACCCCAGGAAUGUUAUUAAAUGGGUUUGAGUGGGGCAAGGCACAGAGUACUGUAGUGGUUAUGGUUCUUGGAGUGUUCCUUUGAAUUAACACCAAUCACAACCAAUAAGAGCAUGCAGAAGUGCUAAAGGUGACUUGGGUUUCGCUGCUAAUCACCUUGCUUCAAUUUUGUCAAGGCUGGACUUUAGUAGGAAUUAAAUACAGAUUUCAAGGAACACUCUAGGAGCUCAUACGUUGGACAUAAUACUCAAAAAUAAGGUUACAAUGAUCUUUUUUUGAAGAGGGGGGUUUAACCCCUUAAGAACCAAACUUCUGGAAUAAAAGUGAAUCAUGACAUGUCACACAUCAUGUGUGCUUAAGGGGUUAAAAAGUUAAAAUAAAAUUCAAAAUAGUUUUCCGCAUAAGCCCACCCUUUCUGACCUCUCAACUUGUACUGUUACCCUUCUAUAAAAAUAUAUAAUGUGGUUAUGGGAGUUCAGCUGCAGUUGAAACCGAUAAAUCACAGCAUUUUUUAUUCUCUUGGCAGUGUAUUCUUUACAAGAUAAUUGCAGCACUGAAAAUUAAGUUAAAGGAACACUCCAAUGGAAAAAACAUAUUAAAGGGACACUAUAGUCAUUGUCUUAAGGCAUUUUCAUGCAAACAUGCCCUUAGGGACACCUCCAAGUGGUCACUUCUCAGAUAGCCACUGGAGAUGCUUCCUAGGGCAGUGCUGCACAGUAGGUAGCACUGCCGCUCGCGUCUCCAUAUUCUGCAUGGGGACGCUAAGUUUUCCUCAUAGAGAUGUAUUGAUUCAGUGCAUCCAUAUAAAGAAGUGCUGAUUGGCCAAAAUGGCAUUUAACCCCACCCCCAUUCUGCAUUCUUGCCGAUUUUAGCCAAUCCAGUGCAUUCCCCAUGGGAAAGCAUUGGAUUGGCUUAAAAUCGGUAAUUCUGAUGUCAUCAAGAAGGCGGAUCGGGGGCGGGGCCAUCGCCGGGAGACCCGUGCGGCGCUGGAAAUAAGGUGAGUUUUAAUUCGUUUUAAGGAGGUGGGGGGGAAAGCCACCUAAAUGGGGGGUUUAACACUAUAGGGCCAGGAAUACAUGUUUGUUUUCCUUUAACAGCAAAUCAAUUGUCUGUAGCCUUUGCCAGCCCUCCCUCUACUCCAAUCGAGACAUUUUGUAGCUGUCCAAUCACAGACUUCCCAAAUUCAGCUCCAUUAGAAGUAUUUGCAAGGCAGGUGAACAGUUCUGAACAGUUGAGUUUAGCCCCAGUGAGCUAAACAACCAGGAAGUGACUGGAUUGGAUGUCUGAUUAAAAGCCAGGGAGAGGGUGGUGUAACAAGGUUAAGGUAUAAAUGUAUCAAUUUCUGUUGAAAUCUGUAUAGAAUGUCCAUUUUAGUGAGCAGCAUGCUUGACUGAGUCACUUCCUGGUUUGGUGAGAGUUGAUUGCAAAAUGUGCACAUCCUGUAAAUUUGCAGCAUAUCCAAGAACUUCAAAAAUUAUUAUUUUGGGCAUUUUUUUGUACGCUAACUAAAUUAAGAGAAUCUUACAAUGAAAUGAGACCUGGUUGCUUAAAACUCCUUAAAAUAUAGCCUGUAGUUGUAAAUGAAGAUUUAAAGUAUUUUAAGCUUGCCUACUACCCUGUUUUAUAGCACAGUGGCAAACACUGAAAAAUAACUUUCAGUUUCAUUUUCAGAAGGAUCAGCUAAAUCCAAAAGGUCGCCCGUUCCGUGGCAUGUCUGAAGAGGAGGUAUUCACAGAAGUUGCCAGCCUAUUCCGAGGGCAGGAAGACCUUUUGUCUGAAUUUGGCCAGUUUCUACCAGAAGCAAAGAGAUCUCUGGUAAAGACAUACCUAGGGAUAUUCACUGAACUGAGAACUGUUUUUUUUUUUUUUUUUUUCAACAAUUUCUCGUUUAGUGAAUGUACCCUCAACAGGAUUACAAAUUGGUAAAAAAACAAACAAAAAAAACACACACCACGAUAUCGAAAAAGCUAUAAGGUAAAAUACUUUGCAUAGCUAGUGUUUAAUAGCAGGGAUCGCUCCUUAGACUAUAAUUUAUCACAUCGGUCCUCAUGAUUCACCAAACCACCUGAAAAUCAUGCUAUACCGCUUCAGCAUAGGUCAUCAAUGGUUCUUUUUUUUUUAUUGGGCUACUUGAGCACUGAUGGGGCUAUAUCUGAAUUCUGGCAUGUUGUAGGCUGUGUUCUAAUUCUUUGACUUGGAGCAGUGUUUUCCAAACCAGUCUUCAAGACCCACCAACAGUCCAGGUUUUGUCAAUAUCUCCAUUGGAUUAAAACAGGCAAAUGCAUAAAUCCAGAAUUUUUGGUGGGCCAUGACGACUGGUUUGGGAACCACUGCCUUAUAGCAUUGCUAUCGAAAUCCAGUUCUUGGAAAUCAGAAGCAAACUGUGUUUUGUGGUUAUACUUGACACAUCACUCAGUAAUGAAUAGUUAAUUACUUGUUAAUUAAUCAAAGCCCUUGAGUACUUUUGCCGCCAAGUGUGUUUUUCGAAAAGGGCUAAACACUAAAAUGCUUCUUAAUGAGCUCUGUUACAAUGUAGGAUGGGUUCGAAGUUUCCUAAUCAAAAAAAAACAAAAAACAACCCACCUAUUUUCAUGUGAAUGAGGUAAUUGUUGUCUGUUAUCUUCAUGCAACUCUUUUAAUAUCAGAGGAGGCUGUAAUGCACUAUGACAUCUUUGCAUCAUAUUUAUUUAUGGGAGUCUGUUUUGAGUGGAUAUUCUUAUAUUAAAGGAACACUAUAGCAUUAGGAAUACAAAUAUGUAUUCCUAACGGUAUAGAGCCCUUGUCGCCGUUUAGGUGACACGGGCCCUGUUCCGCGGCAAAUGAAUGGUUAUCCAUUUAUUUGCUUACCUUAAUUCAGCGCCGGGAUCCCUCAACACUGGUGACCUCUCCUCCUCCAUCGACGUCCGUUUCCGAGUGCAGCUGAAUGCACAUGCGUGUGAGGACGUCCAGCAUGAAAUACGUGCGAUUUACUCCAUGUAAAUCACGGAAGCGCCUCUAGUUACUGUCAGGGAGGCAGCCACUAGAGGCUGGAUUAACCCCACAGUGUAAACUGCUCUUUUCAGCUGCAGGGUUAAAACUAUGGGGACCUGGCACCCAGACCACUAAAUUGAGCGGAAGUGGUCUGGUUGCCUAUAAUGGUCCUUUGAGCUUUUAGGUAAUUAACUGAAGGUAUAUGUCAGAUAUGGAAGAUGUUUUUUUUUAUAUACAGGUGGUCCUCGUUUUGCGACCUACCUGUUUUACGACGGCUCGCACUUACGACCAGCUCUCUUGCAAGGUGGUAAGUGUGAGCCGUUGUGGGAAUUAGAGGGAUUCUCUGCUCUGCUGCGUUCUUCUAUGUUCGGGGAUAUUUCCCAGAACAUAGACGAACGUAACAGAGCAGGGAAUCCCUCUAAUCUAUGUUUCCCCGAGCAUAGAUUAGAGGGAUUCCCUGCUCUUGUGCGUUCGUCUAUAUUCGAGGAAAUGUCCCUGAACACAGACAUGCGCACCAGAGCAGGGAAUCCCUUAAGUCUAUGUUCGGGGAAAUUUGCCCGAACAUAGAUUAGAGAGAUUCCCUGCUCUGGUGCGUUCAUCUAUGUUCAGGGAAAUUUCCCUGAACAUAGAACGCAGCAGAGCAGGGAAUCCCUUAACUCCUCACUUACCAACCAAUUAGUUCUACAACCGGGUCGUAGGAAUGGAACCCGGUCAAUAAGUGAAGUGUGUCUGUACAGCUGUCAAAGUACCUAAACUUCACUUGCUGAUUGAUUAAUGUAUUAGAAAGAAUAAAAGAGUUAUUUUCUAAAGUAAGAAUUCAAAGUGAAUUUCAAAUUGAAGAUCAAAAUAGUAGUUAGAAACUUCAGUCAGCUAUUUUUCUCUGGCCUUAAAUUUGAAAUGGACUAUGAAGUCUCACUUUAGUAAAUAACUAUUGUAGUCAUUUUUCUGUAUGCAUUUUCAGCCCUCUUUAUUGUUAUGAAAGGGUUAUUCACUAAAGUGAGAAUUCAAAGUGAAUUUCAAAUUUGUCCCGAGAAGCUGAAUGGAAAGCAUAGUUUACUUAGUGAAUGCUUCCAGUAGCGCUAUUUUGACCUUAAAUUUGAAAUGUACUUAAAAUUCUCACUGUAGUGAAUAACACAGAGAGAUAUUGGAUCUUUCCUAUUAUCUGCCCUCCACUCUUCCCCUUACAGCUGGGCAAUCAUUGGAGCUCCUCCUUCCUUGGGAUCCCAAUAUCUGAAAAGGCUACUCAGUGAGGUCCUGCAAGGUCAGUAAAGUUGUCACAAUCCACUUAUAGUUAGGUGCUUUAUUACAGCACUAGGAUAUGGGACAAUUCAGUUUAUAUUUAUGAAAUAUUAUUAUUAUUAUUUUUUUUACAGGUUUCUGACACCUAGGGGGGAAAAAAAAUGACAAUUAUUUUAAGGGUAAAUUUCAGCCUUUACAUCUAGGGAUUGAAUAGGAAUUGAGAGAUACUGCAGUGCUUGAGGUAGGCAAUAAGCUAAAUAUCUUCCUAACCCUAAUUUUCAUCUUUACCCUAAUCCUAAAUGUCCCAUGUCCCAAUGCUGCAGUGAAGCUACUAACUGUAAGUUGAGUGUGACAGUAAGUUUACUUACCUUGUGUUUACUUACCUUGCAGGACCUUGCUGAGCAUCCUUUUCAGGCACAGGGAACCAGAGGAAGGAGGAGCUCCAAGUAUUGCUGAGAUGUGGGGGGCAGAUUACAGGAAACAUCUGAGAUUUUUUUUAUUUUUUUGAAAUUUAGGUUUAAGGCCAAAGCAGCCAAACUGAAAGCAUAGCUGACUAUUUUUUUUAAACUUUUUUUACAAAUUUUUUUUUCCAGUUUGGCUAUUUUGGCCUUAAAUGUAAAAUUCACUUUGAAUUCCUGCCAAUGUUCACUUUAUGGAAUAACCCUGCAUGUGGUAAAUAUGCAACAGUAAAAUAACAAAAAAAUAAAACCUUUCAACCCUGCGCUGGAUUUUAUUUUGCAACAUAUCUGACAUUGUCACAGACCUUUUUCAUUUGUAGAAACGUUGUGGAUUUCCACUACUAAAAUGCUCAUACAUAUGAAUGAAUAUUUUUUAUAAUGUCUGGGUUGGGUUGUUUUUUUGACAUCUCUAGUUCACUGGAAACGGAGCUUGUGAUCUUAGUAGCGCCAGGAAACUCGAGUACCAGCGAAACCUAGAGCAGAGCCGGAAGCGUUCAAGGUCUCUCCUGCUACGCCCCAUGUCUUGUCCUUCCAAGGUAAAAAGUUAAUUAGGUUUUAAUUUCUCGUGCACAAAAAAGUUGUGAAAUGAUGUCUAACCUUUUCCUUACUUAAUUCCCUCCUCUUAGAAAAAAAUGAAGAUUCGCAAAUCUAAGGAUCAGUCUGUGGCCAACGUGGGAAAGUAUGGGACGCUGCAGGAGUUCUCUUUCUUUAACAAGGUUAGUUCUCGCUUUAUGUUUGCAUUGGUAUUCAUGUACAAAAUAUAUUUCCUUCCGUGGAAUACUCUUUUUGCUAUUUACUAAUCACUAUAUUUUAGCAAAUUAAAUACCAAAAUGUAGGUCAAGUUGUUACAAUGCAUUCCCCUGUAAGUUUGCAAAAACCCAUAAAACCUGUACAUGGGAGGUACUGUUGUACUCGUGAGACAUUUCUGAAUACAAAUAUGUGUAUUUUAUUUCCGUAAAAUCCAACAGUAUUAUGACAUUCACAGUUAACAUGUCAUGCAGAAGAAUAACAUUUCUUAAUUUCUUACUUUUUAAAAUUUUAUUCAUAUCAAUUAUGUUUCACAUAUAAAUAUUUGAUAUAAAAUGAAAGCCCUGUUUCUCCUGAACAAAAUUAUAUAAAAUAAGUGUGGGUGCACUUGAUAUGAAAGAGGUGAAUUAUGGUUGACCCACAUAUAACGCAACCCCGUGCUAUGCCGUCUGUAAACGCUGGUGGGUGGCAUAGUAUGUCCCUGCAUCCUAUACACUUACCAGCUGUCUAGCGAUCGUGAUGGGGUACUUGCCUGGCAUCCCAGGCAGUCCCCCUGCGUCUGAUCCUGCCCUCCUGGGCCAUAUGGUCGCGAGGACCUCACAAUCCCAUGGACAGAGUAGCCAUCCAUAUCAGUGUCAGCAGGGGGUGUGCCUGGAAUGAUGGGUAGUUCCCCCUGCUGCCUGUAAUUAAUAAAGUAAAAUAUAUACUUAGAGUGUGUGUGUGUGUGUGUGUAUGUAUGUAUGUGUGUGUGUGUGUGUGUGUGUGUGUAUAUAUAUAUAUAUAUAUAUAUAUAUAUAUAUAUAUAUAUAUAUACACACUGUCCAAGUGUAUUUUAAUAUUAAUAUAUAUUAUCAAAAUGUGUGUGUGUGUGUGUGUGUAUAUAUAUAUAUAUAUUGUUUUUUAUUUUUUUUAUUUAUGUAUAUAUUUAUGUAAUAUUUUUACAUAAUUGAGUAAUUUUUAUGAAUUACAAUUUGUGGGACCUGCCUGAUAACCUUGGCAGAAAGUCCAGAGAAUUUAAGUUGCUAGCACUAUGUUUAACCCUGUAACUUUCCAAGUACUGUUUUACUUGGGAGACUUCGCAGAACACAAAUAUUUGUGUUACAAAACAGUAAAAUGUAUUACAACAUCAUCCGUAAAAAUGCAGUUUCUUGCAUUUUUCACACACAAACGGCACUUACACUGACAAUAUAAUUGUUGUGAUAUAUUUUACAGCUUUGAAACACUAAUAUUUGUGUUCAGCGAAGUCUCCUGAGUAUAACAGUAAGACUCAUGUACAGGAUUUAUGAUGUUUUCAAAAGUUAGAGCGUCAAAUAUAAGGCUUGUGUUGCAGCCACUUAGUCACAAACACUGACCAAAAUUGGCGUUCAAAUUAGUUUUUUUGCAUUUUUCACACACAAACAAAUAUUAACGCUAAUUUUGGCCAGUGUUUGUGACUAAGUGGCUACUAGAAAAGACUGGACAUGCCCCAUUUGCAAUAGUUUGGGUUGUCUACCAUUGCAAAUGGUAUGCCAUCAUGGGGGUAAUUCCCAUUCCUGGCCUACCUUAAGGUCUCAAAGGCAACAUAACCAAACUGGCGAAUUUCAACGUGAAAAAACUGAAAAAUGUAACAUGCUAUAUUUGACUCUGUAACUUCCCAAACACCAUAAAACCUGUACAUAGGGGGUAUUGUUUUACACGUGGGACGUCACUGAAUGCAAAUGUGUAUUUUAUUGCAGUAAAAGCAAACAGUAUUAUGACAUUCACAGUUAAAAUGUCACGUAGAACUAAAAAAAAAAUAAACAUUUCUUAAUUUCUCAAAUUGUUUUAUAUUUUAUUCCUAUUAAAUUAUGUUCAUAGCUAAAUAUUUGAAUUUAAAUGAAAGCCCUAUUUCUCCUGAAUAAAAUGAUAUAUAAUAAGUGUGGGUGCAUAUAAUAUGAAAGAGGUGAAUUACGGUUGGACAGACAUUUAUAGUCAAAUUCCAAGUUUUGUUUGUUUUAUUUUGAUCAAAACGUGUACAUUUGGCUCCGUCCAUAAGGUGUUAAGUUACAUUAUUGUUUAUGUGUUUUGAAUUGUUGUGGGUUGUUUUUAUCAUAAGAGGACUAUUCAUUUUAAGCAGCAGCUUGUGAUUUGAUUUAUAAAAUCAUUUUCAAAAUUCAGAUUAAAAUAAUGAGACUAGCUGAGUUGGAGUUGUUUUCCAUAGUUCAUUACAAUUUACCAUUUAGUGACUACGCCAUAUGCUUCUAAUCUUAGAACAGUAAAUUUAAAAAACAAAUUAAAUUUUUAAUGGAGUGUUCCUUUAAAUCUCUCAAUGGACAGUACAAGGCCACGCCAAAAGUGUUUAAGGUUUUUCUUGCUUUUUUGCAUAGCCUAUCCAUUGAGGGGUUUAAAGGAACAUUUAAUUAAAAAAAAAAAAAAAACAAUUUAGUCAAUACAUCUCUUUUCAUGCUUUCUAUGGGGGUAUAUGAAAUUCUGACUUGCAAAAGUUGUAGUUCUGGUAUCUACAGAUACUACUCAAUCCAUCUUCAUACCCAGCACAGACUUUUUGUGGCUGAGCAAUCACAGGUGUUUCAAUAAACUUUUUUUACAUCUGAUGGAGAAGUUUUUGCAAGGCAGGUGCUCUGGGCUCCAUGCUGUAACAGGACUGGCUGUCUGAUUGUAACAAGAUUAAUUUCUAUUGAACUGAAGUGCUUUAUGUAAGGUCCUUUUAUGCUGUCCAUGCUUCAUUGUUUAGGUCCGCCGUGUGCUGAAGAGCCAAGAAGUGUAUGAAAACUUCCUGAGGUGUAUUGCUCUCUUUAACCAGGAACUUGUUUCUGGUUCUGAACUUUUGCAGUUGGUUACACCAUUUUUAGGGUAAGUGCAAUCAUAUUUUUACUUUAUUCAGAAGAUUUUUUUUUUUUUUUUUUACCACAGUUGUUUUACACUUAAUGCUUGAAAAUAGUCAAGUGAAUGGCAGGUGUACGUUUUAUUAUAUAGUCUCUCCAUACCCUGUUUAUUGUAUGACGUUAAAAAUAAUAAAACAAAUAUUUAUAAUCUCUUUCAGUCUUGCUGGUAGAAACUUUUUUUUUUUUUUUUUUGUUCUGUGCCCUUCCUUCUUUUACGAUUUAGCAAGGUGUCCAUGUUGCAUUAAUAGUAGGUGCCCUGUUGGUUACAGAAAUAAGAUCAACAAAACGACCUCUAGAGACAUUAUUCAAAUCUUAUUUUAUUUUACUUUUUUCCUGAUCUGUGCUUUUGAAUGCAAAUGAGAAAUUAAGAGAACAGGCACGUGUACAGUGAUAGAAAUGCAAUUGUAACAAAAUAAAAUGCCCAUUUUCCCUAGUCUUAUCUUGCAUGCCAUUAAUGUAGGGACCUUCAUAUCCCCUUGUGAUAGGCCGGAAUGUGAGCAGCUGUACAGAUUCUGUUGGUGAAUGUCUCCUCACUAGUGAUGUGAUGUUAAAACUCCUGGGAUACGGGCUCUAUGUAUGAAAUGUAAUCAUGUGAGAAUCUGAAAUAGGUUGUUGUAACAAGGAUUAACAGCGACAGUUGUCACUGGCAAUCACCCAGCAUGCUCAGAGUGAUGUACUGUUUGUGACUCACUAGCCUGCUGGACUAUGUUAAGGAACAUAAUGUGUUAUUCUGUGCUGAAAAGAUGAGUAAAAAAAGAAAAUUAAAACUUUUUAAAAUAGAUAUUCUUUUCAGUGGUGUGUGUCAACAUGUGAUUCAUUAUUAGUAUUUUUCUCUUCACAUUUGUGAAUAUGUACUGAAAACAGAGGAAAUUAUUCAGAAUUUAAUACAAUAUAUGUGUCGUAAUUUGUUGUUGGAAAUUGCUUUAUACAAUGGCUCAGAACCCAUGAUUUCAACUGGAGAUGAUUUUAUUUUCCUUAACUAGUGUGCAAGGUAUGAUUUGUUUAUUAUUUCUUUCUUUUUCUUUUCUCUAUGGUAAACAUGUUUGUUUGAAAGCAUUAGGCCCCCGUGUGCAUACCAAACACUGACUAGGAACCUGUGCUAAAACAUUCUCAGAUAUGUCUCCUACGUCUUGUCUGAAACGGCAAAAUAAAUGCUGCCAAAUGGUAAAGUGAUUGUAAUAGAAUACUUUUGUUCAAUACCUUUUGUUGCACGUUGAUGCCCUUUUACCAUAGCAGGCAGUGCUUAUGGUGCCAUUGACAAUGUCUGAAAUCUAAGAGUGUGUUUUAAAUGGAACCAAAAGCGACGAAUAUGCAUGCUAUUGCAGAAACAUUACGAUCUCAGGAAAUUAAAGUAAACCUGACAUCACGCUUUUCCAGGGUUCGACAAAUCCCAGGCGCCAGGUCACCAUAAUAAUUUGUGGAUGUGUGAGAGAAUGUAUGUGUCUGUUUAGGUGACUGGCCCCCCUCCAAUCCCAUGGGAAAUGUGUUUUACUCCCCUUUUUCUCAUGAAGUGCUGCUGUCUCCAUGGCUGGCUCGCCUCCAUGACCUGAGAUAAUCAAGCUUGAUGUUUACAGACAAUCCAACGCUUUUCCAUAGGAAAGCUGCGCCAAGCAGCAUCUCGUCAUAGAGACGCCUUGAAUGCAAUGCAUCUCCAUUUCACACUAUUUCACACAUUUAACUCUCUUCUUUGCCCUGCUGUUCCUCCUCCACCUACUAACUUGACCGCCUCAGAAUUUGCAACUCACUUCACUGACAGGAUCUCUAGAAUCAGAGAAAAGAGAUCUCAUCUUUCUUCUUCCCCUUAUAAUACUUCCUCUAACUUCACUUCCUCUGCUGUUCUAUGUUCAUUCGCACACGCUACAUUGGAAGAAGUUUCUGCUCUGCUCCAGUCCUCCCGCCCCACCACCUGUUCCCUAGAUCCAAUUCCAUCGCAUCUCAUCCGUACUCUGUCUUCUUCUCUUUCUCCACCUCUCACUAAAAUUCUCAAUCUCCCUCUCUCCUCUGGUAUAUUUCCAUUGCCCUUCAAACAUGCAACUGUAACCCCAAUUCUAAAGAAGCCCAAUCUUGACCCUAACUCCCCAUCCAACUAUAGUCCUAUCUCGCUACUGCCUUUUGCAUCCAAGAUCCUUGAAAAAAUUGUGUAUGCGAGAUUGACAGACUUCCUCGAGUCCAACUCUCUGCUAGACCCGCUUCAGUCUGGUUUCCGCGCUAAGCACUCUGGAAACAGCACUGACCAAAGUAUCCAAUGAUCUACUCGCUGCAAAAUCUCGUGUUCACUACUAUCCUUAUUCUCCUUGACCUGUCUGCGGCUUUUGACACUGUUGAUCAACAGCUUCUUCUCAUCCUCUGCAAUAUCGGUCUACAAGAUACUGCUCUCUCCUGGUGCUCCUCCUACCUCUCCCAGUGCUCUUUCAGUGUUUCUUUCUCUGGCUCUGCUUCUUCUCCCCAACUCCUCUCUGUUGGUGUCCCCCAAGGUUCAGUCCUUGGUCCCCUACUAUUCUCCAUCUAUACUGCCUCCCUUGGUAAACUCAUUAGCUCCUUUGGCUUCCAAUAUAAUUUCUAUGCAGAUGACACGCAAAUCUACCUGUCCUCUCCUGAUCUCUCCCCGUCCCUCUUGACUAGUGUCUCUGACUGCCUCUCUGCUGUUUCUAACUGGAUGGCUGCCCACUUCCUUAAACUAAAUUUGACCAAAACUGAAAUUCUGGUCUUUCCUCCCUCAAGUGUUGUUACUCCUGUCUCCCCCUCCCUCCAAGUCAACGGUGCUACCAUCAGCUCCACCACGCAAGCUCGCUGCCUAGGUGUUCUCUUUGACUCCGACCUCUCCUUCAAGCCUCAUGUUCAAUCUAUCGCCAAAUCCUGUCAUUUCCAUCUCAAAAACAUUGCGCGCAUCCGCUCCUAAUUAAAGCCAGAUGCGACUAACGUGUUGGUCCAUUCCACUGUCCUUUCUCGCCUUGACUACUGUAAUCCGCUUCUCAGUGGUCUUACGUGCUCCCAACUAGUCCAUAAUGAAUGCGGUGGCAAGGCUCAUCUUCCUGUCCGCACGCACCUCCCAGUCCUCACCCUUCUGUCAAUCCCUACAUUGGCUUCCUAUAAAAUAUAGAGCUCAAUUUAAAAUUCUGGUUCUUGCUUUCAAAUCGCUACAUAAUGCUGCUCCCACCUAUCUAUCCUCCCUUACACACAAGUAUGUCCCGUCUAGGCCCUUACGAUCUGCUGAAGACUUAGGUCUAUCUUCUGUCCGUACUCCCACCUCUGAUGCUCGCCUUCAAGAUUUCUCGGGGGCUGCACAGUUCCUGUGAAUCUCGCUUCCCUCCUCCAUUAGAUGCUCACCCAGUCUCCACUCCUUCAAAAAAUUGUUAAAAACCCACUUCUUCAUAAAAGCAUAUCCAUUAAACUGUUAAUAGCUCCUGACUGAUUCCUCUUCUGCAACUGUCAUUAGUCUAAUACUAUCCUUACCCUUUUGUGUCAUUUUACUCCACUCCCUCUAGCAUGUAAGCUCAUUGAGCAGGGCCCUCAACCCCUCUGUUCCUGUGUGUCCAACUUGUCUGGUUACAACUACAUGUCUGUUCGUCCACCCAUUGUAAAGCGCUGCGGAAUUUGACGGCGCUCUAUAAAUAUAAUAAUCUCCAUGCAGAGCGUGGAGACGCUGAAUGGAGGUGCUGAGAUAGGAAGCACUUUAGUGGACGUAUGAGUGCUGCUAGAGGUGUUACUGGCUAGCAAUGUAAAUACUGCCUUUUCUCUGAAGCUGUAGUGAUUUUAGUGUCCCAUUAAGAAUUGUAUUUUUGCCAAUUUACAACAUAAUUAGACCCAGUUAAGGCACUACAUUGUAAUACUCUUUGAUGAUAUCUAGUAAUGGUUGCUUAUCAAGUCUCCAAAACUCGAGAGAACUUAUGUAAAUGGUAAUUCUUUUGUCUGUAGUAAGCCUUUUGUGCUUUUGUAACCCUCCCUAUAAUUAUCCUAUUAUCCCCAUACCCUUGUUACAUGUUACUCUUCUAUACCAACUGUGAAACCUUUAUCUUGUCAGUGAAUGUUGUUUGAUUUAACCCUAUAUUAACCUUCCAUAAGCUAACAUACAGUAAUAAAGACGUUUGCUACACCAAGAAGCGUUUUCUCCUCCUUCUAUGAUCAACUUGGAAAGCAUAAAUGAAUGUCUAUACAGACGAUCUGUGGUGUGUCGGCACCUAAAAUAUACUAAUUUCUAUCCAUAACUUGGAGUUAUGUUGGAUUGCUAAAGCUUGCUGUGUUGAUAUGUAAGGUUUUACAUGGUCAAUGCUUUCUCACAAAGUUGGUGUGUGUUUAUUUACCAGGGCUGGCAUCAUGCAGUACACCUGUAAGUGGCCCGUGCCCCAUAUGGCAUAAUAUAUAUCGAUCUCUGUCUGAGGGGAGGGAGAUCAAACAAUUUCCCUCCACUCAACAUUGCAUGCUUCCACAGCUGUUGAUGGAGCCCGGAAGGCUGUUUUGCGUGUUACUCUUUUGGAUCCCAGCUUUCUCUCAUGGACCUGUCUGUCAGAGACCUAUGCAGGGCUCGCGACAGGAGCAUGGGCAUCUGGCAGAAGAUGACUGAGAAGCCUCUACAGGGCCACCAGGGAAUGUAGUGUUCCCACUCCCUGGCCUCAAAUAAGAGUGGGGGGGGGGGGGUAAUAUUUAACUAAAAAAAAAAAUUAAAUGCAGUUCUCCUUCCUCCCCCCCUUCUCCCAUCUCAACCCAAAAAUAUGCGCACUGCAUAUGCUACACACACACACUGAAUUUCCUAAACAUAAACCUACUGCAGCUCUAAGUGCCUGCAAUAUGGUGGUGGGCCCUGUAGGCGGCCCCAAAAUUCCUCAUGGGCACCAUGGUAUUUAUAUACUUGGCUAAAGAUUUGUUUGCUACGGAUUCAAAUGGAAGCUUACAAAAUUGUAUGGUUUUGCUUCUAAAAUGCAGUCUCUGUGCUUAUUUGUCAUCAGUCUAUUUUUUUUUUAAAUUUAUUUUUUUUAUUGUUCCAUAGGAAGUUUCCAGAGCUCUUUGCACAGUUCAAGUCUUUCCUAGGAGUGAAAGAACUCUCGUUCACCUCACCAGUCACAAAUGACCGUUCCAAUGAAGGCAUUGGACGUGAGAUUGAUUACGCAUCCUGUAAACGCAUUGGUUCCAGCUACCGAGCACUGCCCAAGACCUACCAGCAGCCAAAAUGCAGUGGGAGAACUGCAAUAUGCAAGGAGGUAUGUAUAUCACCUUUUUUUAUUCAGUGUCAGAAUUUGUUGAUGCACAUCAUAGCAUGGCUUACAAGAACAGUUGUUCAUAAAAAUAAUUAUGUAGUUUUUCUAAAUUUUCUAUUCUAUAACUGUUUUUUGUUGUUGUUUUUUUUAAUUCAAAGUUUUAUUGCUGCUUUACCAUAUUAUUUUGCACAUGGGAAACCUGUAAAAAAAUAUUGACAAUUGAAUCUAUCAUGGGUGGUCAAACAAUAGGCCCCCAACUUAAGGCUGGUAAACCCUCAUGGGGAUCUACCUUUUUUGCAAAAAAUAUUACAUGCAUUUGGUGUACAAAGGUCUAGCAGAAGCAGGCAAGUUUUGGCACUCCAGAUGUUGUGAACAUGACCUCCCUUAUUCUGUGCCAACAUUAUAGCUGGGGGAUAUAGUCCACAACAUUUGGGGUGCCAAAACUUGCCUGCCCCUUUGCUAGACUUGGUGUAGCAGUUUAUUAUACAUGGGAUGCGCAUACACUCUCCACCAUAGUAUCAUAUCUUCUAGGCACUCGUACUUCAACGACUUGUUACAAGAGCUUCCUUUUGCGUUUCUAGGAGAUGCUAACAAUAAGACUCUAUAAUUAAUGAAAUUAGUGCGUGAUAAUAUGCAGGUUAAUUGAAUCGGGCAAAACAAAGUUGUAUUUAAGUUGGGGUUUUUUGUGUGUUUUCCAAUGAUUUAUCAGAAACAGUUUUUUUGCUGAUGUAUGCUAAUACAAUUUUUUCACCUCUGGUCUCACACAGGUACUAAAUGACACCUGGGUUUCCUUCCCAGCAUGGUCUGAGGACUCUACAUUUGUUAGCUCCAAGAAAACACCAUAUGAGGAACAACUUCACCGCUGUGAGGAUGAGCGGUUUGAGGUAAUUGAAUUUAUAUCUGCUUGGGUUUAAAGGAACACUAGUGUCAGGAACACAAACAUGUAUUCCUGACACCAUAGUGGUAAAAUAGCUAUUUGGGGUUCUGGCUCCUUUCUCUGUGCAGUAAAAGGGGGAUGUUACUUACCUUUUUUUCCCCAUGCUAUAACUGUCUCGCCACAGAUAGCCCCGUCGUUGCUGAGAUCAUCAAACCUGAUGAUCUCAGCCUGUCCAAUGCUUUUCUAUAGGAAAUCAUUGGGAGGCUAUUGCACAUGCACUACACCAAUCAGCGUCUCCUUAUGGAGAUGAAUUGAAUCAUUGCAUUUUAUGUGGAAUGUUCAGCGUCUGAGUGACUGCCACUAUAGGUGUCCCUAAGCAGUAAUGUAAACACUGCCUUUGCUCUGAAAAGGCAGUCUUUACCUUAUUAACGAACAGGGGCAGGCUAAAAAAACACCCAAAUAACUACAUUAAGCUACAUCCCGGAAGAGAAUAAUUAUUAAAUAGCUUGCUUCAUACUAAUUGUAUUUAUUUUAUAGCUGGUACCAGGUUUAGUUUUAGAUUUUGAAGUUAAGCUACUAAAGACAAUGUUAGAGAACCUGGACCUUAUGCUUUUGUCAAAGAGCAUGAAAUUCUCUCUAUACAUUGGGCUGGGAGAUUUGCUAGCAAAUGUAUAGAUUGGGAGAAAAACCUAUUUAAAUAUAAGGUGUUUUUUUCCCACCUGUUUUUUCAAUUCUUGAAUUGACUGACAUGGAAGAGCAGAUGAGACCUCCCACAGGUGGUCCUUUUAUUACAUAGCAUGCGGUGUGAUUGCUAUAGUAACUCCCUGGUCCUCCCUCCUAGCAAAGGCUAGGGAGUAUAGCAAAGGAGUGACUGACUUUACUGUGUUCAGAUGCUGGCAUCUCAGCCAACAAGUCUACAUCUUAGAAUAACUUUGCCGUGCUUGGGGAAGGCUGUCGCUAGUAAAGGUGGGUGCAAAAAGAGUACCACCCACAAAUCUCUGCAUAUGGUGGUGCUGCAACAGAGUUGAGGUUAGUAUAUCUCAAAAUUUUACAUGAAAUAUAUCAUGUAUCUGUAUAAUUUGCAUUUGGAGUAGAUUCAACGGAAGUAUAAAAAUGUAUACCCCGUUCAGUUGACAGGGACACUCCACUGCCCAAAUGUAAAAUUAAAAAAAAUCAAUGUUUAGUGUAAAAAUAAAAUACAGUAAAUUAGAACUUGCAUGCAUUUAAUUAUGCAUUUUGUUUUUUCAGUGGGGGUAAAUCUAAAAACAGCUUGCACAUCUGUAAAAACCUGCAGUUCUCCAGUCUGCUGCCUUUGUAAAACCUCCCCUUCUAACCCCGCCCAGACUUUCUGUGGCUGUCCAAUCACAGACUUCCCAAUACAGAUAAUGAGAAGUCUUUGCAAGCCAGGUGCUCUGGGAAAUUGCUGCCUUUUGAUUUUACCUCCACUAAGCUAAUCAAACCAGGAAGUAACAGGACCUGUGGUCUGCCUGAAAGCCAGGUGUGUAACCAAGUUAAUUUAUAAAAGUGUCAAUUUCUGUUUAAAUCUCCACUUUUUACAAAAUGAAAAAUAGGACACUUAAUGCAAUAGAGCUUUUCAGCAAGUUAAAGUGAUUUAGGAUCUGGAGUGUUCCUUUAAGUAUUGGGGCAGAAAUCUCUUACAAAUAUAAACACAAUUUAACAAAAUGAUGAUUAAGCCAUUUGCAUUGAGUAUUUUAUUGUAUUAUUAUUUUUUUUACCAUGCUUCUACUUUUCAAUCUGCUUGCAUUGCAUUGUACAAUGUUUUUUUGUUUUUGUUUAUUUUGCUAACCUUAUAUAUGUAUUUCUCUUUAGCUGGAUGUGGUACUGGAAACCAACUUGGCUACUAUCAGAGUGCUGGAGAGUGUUCAGAAGAAAAUUUCCCGUAUGUCUCCAGAAGACCAGGAGAGGUUCCGUCUGGAUGACUGUUUGGGUGGCACCUCUGAGGUCAUCCAACGUCGUGCAAUUUACAGAAUCUAUGGGGACAAAGCUCCAGAUAUCAUUGAGAGCCUCAAGAAGAACCCAGCUACUGCUGUUCCCGUAGUACUGAAGAGGUGAGUGAUUUGUUGUGCAUUAAAUGCAGAUUAUAUCGCUUGAAGAUCUGCAGAGUGCUCCUACUGAGAGUGAAAGCAUUGGGAUUGGCUAAAGGGUUUUAAAUGCUUUCUGGGUAGGCACAGACCCAGGUGCAGAUACUGCAAAUUCAAUCAUGCAGCAUUCACUUAAUCAAUAUAAUGUGUUAAAUGUCAAUUUCAUUCCAUAUUGUUCUUUUAAACACUGCAUUCAAGUUAAUUGCAAUUGAAUCUUUAACAGAAAUGCUGGCUAAUGUGCAUGGCUUUACAUUUCUUACUACAAGCACAUACAGCCAGUGUGCUCCAUGAAUGAACCAACCUACCACCAGUUGUAGAUCUAAUUACACAACGACCUUGCAUUUUUGUUUACUGAGAUAUUGUAGGGUUUUUUUGGGGGUUUUUUUUUUUUUGCUCACCUCAUAUGUUGUACUACAGGUUGAAAGCAAAGGAAGAAGAGUGGAGGGAAGCUCAGCAGGGAUUCAAUAAGACAUGGCGUGAGCAGUAUGAGAGGGCCUACCUCAAAUCUCUCGACCACCAGGCAGUCAACUUCAAACAGAAUGACACUAAGGCCCUUCGUUCUAAGAGUCUGCUCAAUGAAAUAGAGAGCGUUUAUGAUGAGGUGAGCAUUUCACAUGGCUUAGUUCGGGAUGUAUUUGCAUUUAAAGCUCUUAAAGUACAGUAAAUUUUGGCUUUAUAAGGCUUCAAAGAGUACAUGGACUGGUGACAUAAACCAACAGGUGGUAAGUGGAUUAUGGGCGUCACCAGAAUCUCAAGUUAAGAUAUAGGUCAUUUGUAGAACAUUUACUGUUUUUUGUUGUUUGUUUUUAAGUACUUUAGUUUGAUGAUCAAUGUUUUGCUGGUUGAAGUUGAUAGAGUACAUUUUGGUUUAAAGGGCCACUUCAAAUGAAUACACGCUCUUUCUUUCCUACAGAUGUUUUGUUCAAGGUCUCUUUUUUCAAAUCUGCACUUUUAUAGCUAGUCCAGACAAUGCCAAAGUUUGCUGUAAUUAAAGGAGCGCUAUAGAGUCAGGAACACAAACAUGUACUCCUGACCCUAUAGUGUUAAAAACACUAUUGAGCCCCUCUAUAUAUAGUAAAAUAGUACCUUUUAUUCCAGUCUCGUGGUGCUGGCUCUGCCCCUGAUCUUUCUCCUUUGCUUACAUCAUCAGAAGUGAUGGUCUCAGCCAAUCACAAUGCCUUUCCUCUGAAACAAACAGUGUUUACUGCAAGUAAGCCUGCAGGACUGUUUAUACUUACCAGAACAAAUACAAUCAGUUGUAGUUCUUCUAGUGACUAUACUGUCCAUUUAAAUGUAGUUUUCUAUUCACAGAACCUAAAGACCUAGUGAGAGUCUAACAUGAAAUACUUCCACAAGAAUAUUUACACAAAAAGCUGAGCAAGUUUCCUUUUGGUAAUAUUUCCACUUUCAGAUUAGGGAUGUAUACUGCACCAUUGGUCUCUCUAUUAUUUUUCUCUUUGACAACUGGCAAAGUACCAUACACAUGAAAGAUGGGGUGCUGCAUUAAAAGCACAGCUGCAUAGCAAACUAUUCCUUAUGGGGCUAAUCACCUGAUGCAUAAAUAGAAAUAGAUGGCCUUGCUAUUCAGGUUUUAUUAAUGUUAUUUUUUUUUCACUUGUUGGUUUAGACUUUUACUUUACUUUGUUAUUAAGAAGGCUUUACUGCCUGUGCAGCAAAUUAGCCAAGGUCCUUACUGUGAUUUAAUAACUGUGGGAGGACUCCGUACAUAUUUAUGAGUAUACUUCUUUCUCAUCUUUUCUUUCUUCAUGAUUACUUUCCCCUGAGUAGCACACUACCAAUACCGAAUACACCUUAUUUUUUUUUUUAUAUUUUUUUUUUACUUCAUUUAGUAAUGGGAGGGUUUGGAGACAGCUAGUAAAGCCUACUUAAUUCCAAAUUAAAGUAAAAGUCUAAACCUACAAGUGAAAAAAAUAACACAUUAAUAAAACCAGAAUAGCGAGGCCAUCUCUAUCUAUUUAUUCAUCAGGUGAAUAGCCCCAUAAGUUUCAAGAAGAAAUUGUGUAAAUACUUUUGUAUGCAGCGGUGCUUUUCAAGCAAGCAGCACCCCACCUUUCUUCUGCAUGGUACUUUGCCAAUUCUCAAAGAGAAAAUAAAUGAUAGAGAGACCCAUGGUGCAGUAUAUCAAUGAUCUGAACCUGUAGGAUAUUUAUUUAAAGUUUUAUUGAACAUGUUUCAGCACGACAAAGAAAUAAGUUAGUAUAGGAUUUUUAUGUACACUAUUUAUACUUACAACUGCAUUGGUUAUGUUUGUUUUAUUUUUUUUAUAUGCACCAUGUGAAUUUCUGUGUUUAAAAAGUUAUUAAGGGUAAAAAUAAUUUUUGUUAUAGCGCUAUACUACAAAUUUCUUUUGAAUGUUUCCCGUAAAAUGAUUCAUGGUCCAUUGUUAAUAUUCGGGUGCAGGUCAAAGGAGGAAUGCCUACAUGAGUGAUGAGCUGCUCUGGACUCUGCUCUGGACUUGGAAGCUUUCCUUUCUUUGUGUUUUCCCUGAAUACAUCAAAUAUAGAAAGGUUCUGUAAAAGUUCUCUGUGCACUAGUGUACACUACAUACAGGUUAAAAAUAAAUGCUUCAUUGAGCCAUCUUUGCUAUUAGCUGAAGGCCUUUCUCAGUUUUGCCAUUUGGGCAUUAACCAUCACCAAGUAUUCUGAAAUCUUUUUCCUUACACUCAUACUUUUAUAGAUCAGGUGGCAGUUAUCAUGAAUUUCUCAUUUUGUUACAUAUGUUCCCUGUUUCACAGCAUCAGGAGCAACAUCCAGAAGGCAGGACAACUACAUCCAGCGGACCCCAUCUUAUCUACACGUAUGAGGACUGGCAAAUAAUGGAAGAUGCUGCAUCCCUAAUCAGUUAUUAUGUGAAAAGACAGCCAGCCAUUCAAAAGGAAGACAAGGACACCAUUCGACAGGUGCUGAACCAAUUUAUCCCUGAGCUGUUUUUCUCCUCACCCUCUUCCUGUCAGUCACUGUUUACUGGCACUUCGGAGGAGGCUCCAGCAGAGACCAAUACUGACACUACUCCCAUACCAGAGCUUCCCGAACGCCGGAGGAAGAGCACUACCCCAAGUGAAAUCCAGGAACCCAGCACACCUACACGGACACCCCCUAAGCCACCUCCCAAGACCACAGAAGAGAUGUACAGCUUGUUUUUUACAAACAACAACUGGUACUUUUUUUUGCGGUUGCACCAUACGUUAUGUGCUAGACUUCUGAGAAUCUAUCAACAGGCCCAGCUCCAGCUGCUGGAAUACAGGACUGAGAAGGAACGAGAGAAACUGCUGUGUGAAGGCAGAAAAGACAAGUCAAAUGGUCCAGCUAUGGAGCUCCGACUAAAACAGCCCAGUGAGAUAUUUACUUUUUAUUAUUUUCUUGUUUUGUUACCAUGAUCAUUUUUCCAUUUAGGUACUGUAUAAUCUUCUUUUGUUUGAUGUCUGAAUUGUUCAUCAGCAUAUUGUUAAAGGGGAAUAUAAUAGAGGAAAGGAACAUUGGUUUCUGUUCGAGAGAGCCAGAUUGGGUGCUAUAUUUUAGCAUACUGGAAGAAACCGUUUGCAUUUAAUUUAGUCUACAUUUGUAGUCAAUGGUUGCUGUAAUAUUAAAUUAACUUUAUGUUCAACAUUAGUGUUCGAAUGUUUAUGCCAUUCAAACUAUAUUUAAACUUUCUCUUUGCCUCUUAGUAUGCCGCUUUUAGGGUUCCCCUGGAAUAUAUGUAUUUGUAGGAAGAGAAAAAUAGGAGAAAAAUGUUUUGACACAAGGAAUACCUUAUUGCCAUAAAAAUCCCCAUGUUUAGUAUUGUCUUUUAUAAUUGUAGUAAUGUACAAAAUAAACGGGUAACAAUAAACGGAUUACCGUUUUAAGCAUUUGCAACAUGUGGACAUACAUAUAUUUUCAUGUUUUCAAAGUGAUAUGUCCUAAUUUGUUACUUACGUCCAUGAGACUUUAUUGUAUUGGACAAGGGCUUACAUUUUCAAGUCUUAACCUUUAGUCUAAGAUAGCCUAACUUAUUUGGCAUCGCAAACAUUGAUGAACAGCAUCAUGUCUUUGAUGUGUCAGUGUGUGUGAAUACUGUGUUCUGUUUGUGUGUGAAUGAACCUGAGUAUUUGAACCCAUUUAUCCCCUCCCUAUUGCCAUAGGUAGACUAUUUGGUGUGUUCCCCUCUCCGCAGUAUAACGCCGAGAGAACAUCCGUUUAGUUUGCUCCAUGUAAUACUAAUCAAUGCUGCUGAAUGUGGUGACACACAUAAUUCCAUUGCAAACCACACACAUCUGCAAAUAUUUACAUGAUCCAUUCUCCACGUGGCUGCAUUAAUUUCUGCUGGUGACUGAUACAGGAGCCUACAGAAAGCUUGGUGGCAUCAUUUUCACCCACAGUUUGUCUACAUGUGCUGAGGAUAGAAAAAUUCCAAUUCACUGCCAGCUUGCCAUGUUUGAUUUUCAUUUAUAAAUCGCAAGUAGAAUUUUGAGCCCUAUUAGUCUUAUCUUGGGUAGUUGGAUAAUAUACAUUUGAAAACGCCAACUAAAUCUUGGGAGCAGUGACCAUGUUCUGUCCGUUUUAAAGUGAAUAUUUAUUACCAGUUCUUCUACUUAGUUAUCUCCACUUACACCCAGUACUUUAAAACAUAAUAGACUAUAAAACACAUGAAUAUGAGUGGUAAGCGAAACGUGUGACGUCUCUACGAUAUUCUAGUAGAUGUCUUUGUACUUCCUAAAGCACAGUAAUAUAGCCACACAAUGCAUAUUAUCUCAGCCAAUCAAAUCCUGUCUUGUGUCCAGUCACCCUUGGGAAGGCUAAAUUCAUUUUAUGCACCAGUUAAGUUUGCUUGUUAAUGUUGUCCAUAGACUGACAGGUCCAAGGUUCUUCUGUGACCUGUUCAAGGCAGAAGCUAUAUGAGUCCUCGAAAACUUGAUGCCCUGGACAGUACAAAGCUUAUGACCCUAUUCAAUUACUCUCAAGGGAAGACCGCACCUCCUGUUACCUUUGUUUCAAUCCUUGUUCUGGUCCCUUACGACAGAUAGCUACUCUGUUCUCUCUUGCUAUUAUCCAGCCUUACUGAUACGUAGGUCUUUUUCUGGAAUGUUGGGAUGGACUGAUUUAAUUAAGAGGAGACCAGUUGAAUUGCAUUUAACCCCUUCUUGACCAUCAGCUAACAUUUGGAAUUCAAUUAAAGGGCAAUAUUUGUAUAGCAGCCACUAUUAAUAACUUGUUUACUAAGUAUAUAUCUAGAGUAGCUUGUCCAACUAUACACCUAACCAACUACUUACCUUUAUCCCAACUUAACGAGCAGCGAUCACUUAUCUGGAAGUCACAUGGUUGGGAAAAGCAUUCAAAAUCACCUAGAACUUGUGGGGGAUUUUUUUGUUUGUUUGUUUUUUAAAAUGAGAUUCUUAGUUUUGUUUUAAAUUGACAUGAACAAUUUAGCAAAUGCCAUCAGAAUCCAGUUCAGGCAAGGCAAAGCUAGGGCAAGCGUUACAAAUAUAGAAAUAUGGUUUAAUUACUCAUCUUCUCUAAAUGCUUUCUCUAUGCUGACUGACAAAUGCAAAGAACUGAGUUAUUAACGAUGACUGGCAGAGAGCUAAAACGGGGAGAGCAUUUAAUUUAAUUUCCCCAAGCAGAUUACAGGCAGUACAAUCCCAUAUUGAUUUAUAUAUAAAAUAUACAAUAUAACAUUCCCUAAUCUCCUCCCCAAUAGGUGUAGCAUGGAGAAAUCCCCCAGUUUACUGAGUUCUUGUCUUCAGCUGACUUUUUUUCACAAGUUUUCAACUUCUAAGUGCUGGUUGUUGUUUGUUAUAUAGAACAAUGGACAGAAUGUGUUUUUGUAAACCCAGUGCUCUUUACAAAAACUUUUGAAAAGGCACAGUCUCAAAAAUAUAAAUUUGAUGUUGCUUUCUAUUUAUGAAUUUUUCUUUUCGCUUUUUUCUGAUUCUAAUAGGCAACACUUUUGAGGAGAUAUUUAGUGUAACCAUCAUUUUACUGGGGUAAAUUGUGCAGGUAUAUAUAAAAUAUACUCACUCUAAGAGCACUUCAAAGAAUGGUAAUUUUCCCAUGAUGCUCUAGUCAUGUACAUUACACCAUGGAGUUAAAUUCAUUUUCGUUAAAUGUUCUAGUUAUGCCAGGACAAACAAAAAUGUACAAAAAAACAAAUCAAAGAAUGGCACAACACUGCAUGCAACCAUUUCCUAUUUAAGAACACACUCUAAGCACCAUAAUAACCUAUGCUUAUUGCAUAUGUUAUGGUGCAAAGAGUUCCCUGUAAAUCCUUAAAGGGACACCGUAGGCACUAUCUGCUUCAUCUCAUUAAACUGGUUAUUGUGUCUGGAGUCCCCUGGUACCAUCAUUUCUUUCAGCAUUAAACAGUUUUUAAUGUUGUAAUGUUUUAAUGCUAAACAAGUCCACAUCAGUCUAUCCCCUCUGUGCUGCUUUGACUAAUAAGGAAGUAUUACCCUGAGAGGCAAUGGGCAGCUGUGAUUGGCUGAGAGUGUCAGCUGACUGCUUUUAACCUGUCAGAGCUCCAACUGACGGUAUGAAUGGGUAUGACAACAAGGAAGUGUGUAAUCUUUGCCUUAGCUACACAUACAGAAGGGGCCGGCCUGUGGGUGGCCAGGGACUCUUAUUUUGUGGCAUACUGCACAAACAUGGUGCAACACUGAAUGGAGGGACAGUGCCAGGCCACUCCAGGCACUAUAACCAAUUCAAAGAGACAAAGUGGUUAUAGUGACUACAGUGUCCCUUUAAAGCAUGUCUGUCAAUUUCAGGGGUCUUUUCAUAUUUCGCAAAAAACAAUGGACAAAGAGCCCACAAAAGGACAGAACCCAUGUGAGUUUAGUGACCGCAAGGUGCAGGGGGAGUUCCUCUCUGGCACUGCCAUCUUCCUAAUGCAGGUCCUUUUCAGCGCCUGUCCCUUCUGCUGUCAGGAACUGCGAGAGUACCACACUGAGGUCUAUGGAGGAUACUACAAGACACCUGGAUCCUCCUUGUACAAAGCCUGAAUCCUACAGCCAUAAUUCGUGACUGCUGUUGGGAUUGAACUAGAGUCGGUGGCAAAGCUCCUCCUUUUGUCAACCUCAGGUUUUACCAUAAGACAAUGUAGUGCCUAUGUUGUCUUAUGGUAUCUCUGGAUUGGCUUAAUCAGUGUUUCAUAAAUGGAAUAUAUUUAUGAAAUACUGAAAGUGACAAAUCUACGUUUGUCUAUUAAAGAUUCCCCUUUCCACUCCGAUGAAAACAAACUUUGUCUACAUGGGGCACACACAAUGAGAGCCCGGUCUGUUACUGUCCUGAUAAAGUGACUGUAGAAGCCUAUAUAUAACAUGAGAUCAAGUUAUUGUUGUUUCAGUUGAGAGGAAGACGACUGAGAUCACAAGAACAAUUGUUCACUUUUGACAUACUUAAACCUGUAUGUUUUUGUGUGGCAAUUUCUUUUAUUUUAUGUAAUUUUUCGGCCUCUAUAAUUUCACCAAUAUUAAAGGCACUUGCACAGUACCAUCACAUUUAUAUAAGUUAUUUAAGUUUAAAAUUUUUACAACAUUUUUGCUUCCUGUCUUCAAUGUUUCUCCCAUACAGUCGAUAGUGUUUCCUUAUUUGCUGCAAAAGUACUCUUAUACAUGAUGCCAUCACUUACUGCUGUACAGUUAAUAUUUAUAAACCUCCAACAAAUUCCAUAGCGCUGUACACUAGGUGGACUAACAGACAUGUAUUGGCAACAAGACGAAUUAGAAACACAGGAACAGAUUGUGUGGAUAUCAUUAAAAUAAUCUAAUACUCCAACAUUGAGUUUUUGUUUUUAAGCAGUGCAUAUUCUGGGUAGUGUUUCUUGUUCUGCCUUCCCAUUCUUUUUAUCAUCUCAAGUUACAGGAUCUUAUGAGCAAGUUGCAUGCACCCACUUUGGAAGUGUCCUUUUAAAUCCCUAUGCUGACAUUUGUACCUGGUAUGUUUGCUUUGGCAGGUGAGGUGGAAUUAGAAGAGUUUUACCCUGCUUUCCUGGACAUGGUGAGAAAUCUGCUUGUUGGGAACCUAGACCCUACACACUAUGAAGACACUCUACGAGAGAUGUUCACCAUACAUGCUUACAUUGGAUUCACAAUGGACAAGCUCAUCCAGAAUAUAACACGGCAGGUGAGCCACGAACAGGAAGAAUAACUAUGAAAGCCUGCUGAUGAGUUGCUGUAAUGUAUGCGUUAGUGAUGAGAGGUGCAGGCCUCCAUUCCAGCUGACAAGUAGACUUGUAUUUUCUUGAAAAAAAACAAAACCUUGCAAUUAGUAGAUAUUUAUUGAUACAUAGUGGCCCUUCAUGUCUAUAUUCUGUAAAUGAGUUUCCAGAGUGAACAAGAAAACUUAUUGAAAUAAAAAUAAACGUGAGGUCAAACUGAUUUGUUCAUCUGAUCAUUGAAUUCCAGUCUUUUAGCUUUCUUAUUUUAAAAAUGUGUUUGAAUACCAUAACAUAACUCAGGAUGUCCUUAAAUAAACAGUCAGGAUUCAUGUGAUACUUGUGUUCCCAGCUCCACCAUCUGGUGAGCGAUGAAAUCUGUCUGAAAGUGGUUGAGCUGUACCUGAGUGAGAAGAAGCGUGGGGGCGCUGGGGGAAGCCUGGUCUCCCAGUGUGUUCGAGCUGCUAAGGAAACCAGUUACCAAUGGAAAGCAGAACACUGCAUGGCAGAUGAAAAUUGCUUUAAGGUAAACCUGUGUUCAUGCAGAGGAGAAGUGGAAGUUCUUAUUAAUUAAAAAGGAAACUGUGUAUGCUUGUUUUAAUUGUCACUUGUACUAAAACAUGCAUGGCGAGAUGAACAGGUGUAGCAUGCACAGUCCAGCAUUAUCCUCCAGUCACACCUCUGAGAUGUCUCCUGCUUAUCUUUCUGAUGUCUCAUAAUGGUGGCAAGAAGGGCGCUGAUUGGAUGCCUCCCUCUCAACUUCCUGCUUUUUUUGGGGGGGUGGGGGAGGGGUGUUUGUCCUGUACCAGAUUGUAAACAAGAUAGGCCUUUGUGUCACAGGGUUAGGCAAACCAUGGCAAUUGAUCUGCCUAGAACCGUGAUGACUAACCUUGACACCAUAAAUUGUUUCUGGACUACAUUUCCCAUGACGCUCAGCUAGCUUUUAGACUCUAAAAGCUAGCUGAGCAUCAUGGGAAAUGUAAUCCAGAAACAAUUUAUGGUGUCAAGGUUACCCAUCACUGGUCUAGAAUGAGUUAAGGAUUAUUCAUAUUUGCCUCAAAUGUGUAUCAAGUUGCAUCCUGACUGAAAAUAGCAGCCUUAUUUGGGCUUGUGGUCCACCUCCCUCAGUAGAUUCCUUCUCACCUGUUAGACAAGAAAGGGGGGUUAUAAGUGGCAUUGCUGUAUGAAUCCAGUGAUUGCAGAGAGGGCCUGAAACUAAAUUUCCCCAUUUCGGGAUAUUCACUCAGAGCUAUUUCUAGAGCUCAUAAACCCACUGUCUGUGUAAGAUCGCCGAGUUAAGCUUAUCGUGUCACUACUGAAGGCAAAACCAUGGAGAUGUUUCAUUUGUAAUUUGCAAAGCAGGCACAGCACAUCUAAAGCUGUUUUAUUGUCCUGCCUUAAAGUGGAAAAGUCAUGCAAAACGUCACGGUUGACUUUAUAAAGGACAUUGUUAAAUUUCUGUGCUAUGUUAACAAAAUGAUGGUAAAAUGCUAAUUUAUAAAAUCUAAAGUGCGUAAAUCUAUGUAUUCCACCAAAAAAGACCGUAUAUAAAUAGCUCAUUCUCCAAGAGGGAGAACUAGUGAGAUAUGUAUAUACCAGGAAUUAGAUUUUUCCAUACGGACUAUGAACUACCAUGGGUUUAUUGUUCAUUCUCAAAAGUCUAUUUUUUUGGGGUGGGUGGGGGAAGCCUAAUGGAGCACGUUUUAUUUAAGUUUGAUUGUAGAAUAUAUCAAAGGCUAUUUUUGCAACUAUUUGUGUGACCGCGCAUUACGCUCACUUUUACUGUUCUUGCUUUUAAAUCCUCAGCACAACACACAAAUGACAUUAAAAUAUGUAUUUCACAUACUUUACCAUUGUUUGUUUUUUCUUCUGUUGCAAAUCAUAAAUGUUUUAGGAAUCAUGACUUUAAAAUGAGGUUCAGAUCAAAGAAUCCAACAUUAAAACAGUUUCUUUAUCAAAAUUUUACAGAGAAUUCUUUUUAAUUUAACUGUGUGUGUGUGUAUGUAUUUCUUUUUAAUAUAUAUCUUUGUUUGCAAGCAUAAUGAAAUCAAUGAAAAUGUGGAAUGCAUGAUACAUGUGGUGUCAGAUGUUAUUUUUAUAUUUAAUUUUCUUUGACUUGUUCACCGAACUUGAAACCAGUUGCAUGAUUGUAGGCCGUGGUGUGCAUUCAGUAAAUUCUCUGUGACAGAGUUGUUGAGGCAAAGAGAGCUGACCAGUUGAUAUGGAAUUUUGUCUUUUGUCAGGUAAUGUUCCUGCAGAGACAAGGCCAAGUAAUCAUGACAAUUGAGCUGCUGGAUACAGAAGAUGUACAGAAUGAAGAUCCUACAGAAGUCCAGGUGAGGGUCUGCUCUCUAAUUCAAUUGUAAUUACGUGGGGUUAUCCUUAGUGUUUACUUGAAGUAGAAAUUCAUGGAAAAUUUUGUUCUGUAUAAUUAUUUCUUGGCAAAGUCAUAAAGGAAACAAAGACAAAAUUAUAGUGAAACGCUUAUUGAGUGAAUAAUAGUAAAGUCACACUUAAUACCUUAUAAAUAUCCAUCAAAUUUAAAAAAAAAAAAAAUAUAUAUAUAUAUAUAUAUAUAUAUGACCCUAUAGUAUGAAGCCUUUUUUACAAAUAUUUUUGUGUAAGAGUGACAAUGGAACACUCAUCUCUGGUAUUAAUAGCUAUAUGGUCUGUUACGGUGACCCUUCCCCUUCUAGAUGUAAUUUGUCAUGUGGCGUGACUCAAAAGGGUAUAUACAUAGAUUAGUACUGUAUUGUGAUCUUUUAUAAAAUCAAUAUAAAACCAGGGUAGUCACUAGUAAAGAGCCUCUAGAUAGGACUCAGAGUAAGCACAUGUGCGGCAGGGACUCACGAUCAGCCUUCCUGCGAUUCCGGUUUCCCUGUGAAGUGCAGGGAGACGGAUCAGUGCUUAUCCUCUUCUCCCUGGAAAAAAUAAAAAAUUUUUUUGAAAGUUAAAUCCCACCCCCCUCCCCCUGCUUUAAUAAAAUGAACCCCUUCCCUGACAAUUGAUCACUGACCACAGUGAUCAAUUGGCAGGGAUUACAUUUUAUUGUCAUCUGAUUUUUAUAUAUAUAUAUAUAUAUAUACCACUGAAUAUUUAAAAUUAAAUAUCUAACUGGGAUGGGUGGAAGUUAGUGGGGAAUUGGGGGAUUUGGCGUUAGGCUAACUAGGGGUUAACGUUAAAGUUUUUAAAUAAGCUUUAAAAAGUUUUGAAAAAAAAAUGUUAUAGAAACAUAGAAUCUCUUUCCUCCAAGCUAUACAUGUUAAGAUCCUUUAACCUUUCCUGGUAAGUUUUAUCCCGCAAUCCAUGAACCAGUUUAGUAGCCCUUCUCUGAACCCUCUCUAAGGUAUCAAUAUCCUUCUGAAGAUACGGUCUCCAGUACUGUGUACAAUACUCCAAGUGAGGUCUCACCAGUGUUCUGUACAAUGGCAUGAGCACUUCCCUCUUUCUACUGCUAAUACCUCUCCCUAUACAACCAAGCAUUCUGCUAGCAUUUCCUGCUGCUCUAUUACAUUGUCUGCCUACCUUUAAGUCAUCAGAAAUAAUCACCCCUAAAUCCCUUUCCUCAUAUGUUGAGGUUAGGACUCUAUCAAAUAUUCUGUACUCUGCCCUUGGGUUUUUACGUCCAAGAUGCAUUAUCUUGCACUUAUCCACAUUAAAUGUCAGUUGCCACAAUUCUGACCAUUUUUCUAGUUUACCUAAAUCAUUUGCCAUUUGGCUUAUCCCUCCUGGAACAUCAACCCUGUUACAUAUCUUAGUAUCAUCAGCAAAAAGACAUACCUUACCAUCAAGACCUUCUGCAAUAUCACUAAUAAAAAUAUUAAAGAGAAUGGGUCCAAGUACAGAUCUCUGAGGUACCCCACUGGUGACAAGUUCAAGCUUCGAAUAUAUUCCAUUAACUACAACCCUCUGUUGCCUGUCACUCAGCCACUGCCUUACCCAUUCAACAAUAUUGGAAUCCAAACUUAAAGAUUGCAGUUUAUUGAUAAGCCUUCUAUGUGCAACAGUGUCAAAAGCCUUACUGAAAUCUAGGUAAGCAAUGUCUACUGCACCACCCUGAUCUAUAAUUUUAGUUACCCAAUCAAUAAGAUUAGUUUGGCAUGAUCUCCCUGAAGUAAACCCAUGUUGUCUCUGAUCUUGAAGUGUUUUUAGAUGUUCAGCAAUCCUAUCCUUUAACAUGGUUUCCAUCACUUUCCCCACUACUGAAGUAAGGCUUACUGGCCUAUAGUUGCCCGACUCCUCCCUAUUACCUUUCUUGUGAAUGGGCACAACAUUCGCUAACUUCCAAUCUUCUGGGACUACUCCUGUUAACAAUGAUUGGUUAAAUAAAUCUGUUAAUGGUUUUGCUAGUACACCACUAAGCUUUUUAUUAACUUUUAUUUAUUUUUGUAACCCUCAGGGGUUCAAUUUAUUUAAUUAAUUUAAAUAUUUUAUAAUUAUAUAUUUUGCUAGCUGGGGUGGGUGGUAGUUAUGGGAAAAUGGGGAAUUUACUGUUAAUGCUGCUCACUGCUAGUUAGGGGUUAACGGUAAAAGAAAAGUUUUUUUUUUUAAAUUUAAAAGUGUAAAAAAAAAAGUUAAGAAAGUUUAAAACAUUUAAUAAGUAAAAAAAAGUUUUACAAAAUAAAAAAAAUACAUUAAAAAAAUGCUCAUUACCUCUACACUUGGAACAUACUAGCGAAAAAAUGAUCCCACACUAAGGUUCACAAUAUGCCUUUUGAAUUACCCGUGGUGUAUUCUUUAAUAAAUAGUAUGUGUUUGUGGGGAAGUUUGAAUAACCAGCCAGCUAAUCCACAACAAAAUGGAACAUGGGCACAGCGUAAAACUUCAAAGUUAGAAAAAAAACUGUGGCUGCGUCUCAAAUGUGCCCCUUCAACAUCCACAUACACCUGGCAAAGGUACAUACGGGCGUAUUGCUGUACUCAGCCGACAUAGCUGAGCAACAUAUAAAGUAUUAUACAGUCGUAGCACACAUAAGGUUUGCAAAAUAUACUGUGCAAACUCACUUUGUGUGUCAAAAAGGCAGAAAAAAUGCUUAUUACCACUACACUUGGUACAAGCUAGCGGAAAAAUUAUCCCACACUAAGGUUCAAAAUAUGCCUUUUGAAUUCCCCUGGGAUGUCUUCUAUAAGAAAUGGUAUGCCUUUACGGUGUAAUUGUAAUAUGUAGCCUGCUCAAAUGAUCCAAAGUGGGACUCUUAUUUGAACAGUCCCACUGCUAUAAUACCCUAAAAUGAGACAUAGGCCCGUCAAAUCCAUCUAGGAAAAUUCUAACUAUAGAAACUGAAAUAGCCUUGUCUCUUAUAUGGCAUUGUAGCUUUACAGAAUAGUGCCAAAGGCAUACAAUGGGGGUAUCGUUAUACUCGGCAGAUGUAGCUGACGCAAUAUGGGGUUGUGUGCAGGAAAAGCACACACCAGCUUUACGAAAUACACAUUACAAAAACUUUGUUAUAUGUGAAUAUGCCAAAAUAGAGAAAAAACACAAUUUUACUCCAAUAUUUAGCAGAGGUUGGCGAUGAAAUGGUUAUUUAAAAAGUGUCAAACUAACCUUAGGUAAAUAGUCUGUGAUGUAUAUAAAUAUAUACUUUUGUGUGGCAAUUUUGUUUUCUGUGAUGGCCACUAAACCUACAAGACAAACGUACCAACUUCUAAACUUGUUUCACAUUACAAUUUUAUUUUAGUCCUUGUAUUUUGUGACCUGUAACUUUCAAAAUAAGCUGAAAUCCUAUACAUAUUAUGUAUUCUAUAAAUCAAGACACAUAAAUUAAUUUAUUUUGAAUUACUUUUUCUAAGCUGGACAUAUUAUGCAAAUGCUACUAUUGCCAAAACCGUGAAAAGAGAUUUUUUUUUCCCCCCCAUUUAGUUGCUUUUUUUUUUUAAAAUAAUUAAUGAGAAUGUAUCUAUGUAAAUGUGACAUAAAAUUGAAGCCCUAUUUGUCCUCUGAAAAACGGUAUAUAAUAUGUGUUGUUGCAAUAAAUGACAGAGAUGCAAAUUGCGUUUGAACACAAACCGCAAAAAUGGCUUGUGUCCUUAAGGGUAAGACAAGCUUUUGAAGCUGUGUCCUUAAGGGAUUAAAGGGAAUAAUUGGGAGCAAACACGGAUGAUCUCCAACUUCGCCAGGAGCUUAUCACGUUCCAAGCCUCAUUUUCAUUGCGUCACUUCCAGAAUUUCCAAUACGUAAUCGGAUUUAUAGAGGCUUGCGUUUCAAUCUUGUAUGCACAUUCCCAUGGCUACAAGAUCGGAACAAGGAGUCCAUAAAUAGAUUGUCCAUUGAUAACCUGAAAUAAAGAUUAAAUGGUUAAAGGGUUGUUACAUAUAAAAAUAUUUGAAGUACUUAUAUAUUUUUACUCUGAAAAGGAAAACAUUUUUUUUUUUAAAACAACCUUUUAUGAGAAAUUCUUAUAUAACUUUUAGGUCUUACUUAUGAAUUAUCAGAGGUAACUACAAGAUAAAUUGUAAUAAAAUGAAUUGAAUAUAGAAAUGUAAAGAAAUAAAUAAAAAGACUAAAAAUACCUUAUAUUUAAGAAUAAAUAUAUACUGAACUUGGUUAUUACAAAAAUACCUCAUAAAAAAAAAUCUAUAUAUUGGAUGAAAAGAGGAUAAUCUAAUAAGGAGAGAAAAUGUAUAAUAAAGUCAUUAAUAGUGAAAAAUUUAUAAAAUAUUAAAAAUGGUUUAUAAAAAAUGGUGAAUCUCAAAUUCCUGAUUAAGACCAUGUGGGAUAAGGGUUUAUAGAUCCAUUUCAUUUCCUUUUUACUUAAUCUCUGAUUGAAAUUUCCUCCUCUCCACUCAUGAGAGAUGUUAUUUAUACUCAUAAACAGCAUCCCUCUUGGAUCCUGAUUAUGAAACGUUUGAAAUGGGCCGACACGCUGUGAUUCUCAAAUCCUUUAUUUAUACUGCGUGUAUGUUCUUCUAUACAUGUGUGAAAUGGCUUAGUAGUCUUACCCACAUAAUCCAGACCACAUGGACAUUUAAAAGAUAAAUGAUAUUUUUUCAGUAGCAUGUCAUGAAUUCUUUACAUGUCACCUUCCUUUGUUUUAAAUUGAAUUAUUCUCCUAUGGUUUUCUGUUCUUUUACAAGCUAGACAUUGCCCACGGCCAUAGAAACCUCUCUGAGUAUUAAAGGUUAUAGGUUCUUUUUUUCUCAGUUUUAAUAUAACUUUUUUUAAAUGUACUUUUUAAAUUAUUUACUCCUCUGUGGGGGAAAAAAUGGGGUUAUUAGGUAAAAAAAAUGGCAAUAAAAGGGUCUUCUAAUAAAUAACGUGCCAAUAUUAAUACAUUUUUCAAUUUUCUGUACUAAAAUUACAUAUAAAAUGUACAUCCUCUAUUGUUUCUCUUUUAUUGUAUCUUCUAAUAGAUUAUUUUCUAUAUCUUUAAUAUCGAACCUUUACUUUUCAAAUAUUUCUUCUCCAUAUCCCUUUUCUAAGAAAUCUUCAAUACGCGAGGACUGUUUUUCAUAAUAUCUAUCUGUUCCUCCUUAUUUAUAUUUUAAAGUCUUAAAGACCAGUCACCACUGAAACCAACUGUUGUAUAAAUUGCUCCAUUUAUAGAGUUUUGUCACAAUUUUUACAUCUAUUCUAUCCAUUUAUCAUUGCAUUCCUGUUGAUCAGUAGGAGCAUUACAAUGAACAAUUGUGUUUUUGGGAUGUUGUGUUUUUGCCCUGACCAUUGUAUUGCUGGCUUCUCGGGGAUUGAUUGAAUGUAUUCUCAAUUUUGCAGCACCUGGCAAAUUAUGUGGAGCAGUUCAUUAAUGUUGAAGGAGGCCAGAACAACCAGAGUGAAGGUUUUUUACUGAAACCUGUGCUGCUGCAGAGGUGAGUAGAUCUUGUUAGUGUGCCAUAUAAACUCAUAAAGAGCACUAUGUAUAAUGAUAUAAGUGUUUCUCGGCUGCUUUUACAGAAAUAUUCUCAUAUUAUUGGUUUUACUCUACCCUGCUGUUUUGACAGAAAUUAAGAAGCAGAGUGCAGAGCACAUCAAUAGCCCUCUUCCUAGUCGUGACAGAGUCUACUAGUUGCCAUGCAGACUGUAGUUGUUUGACUGGCACUGACUGAAUUUCUGAUAACUCACACUGUAUUGAAUAAACCUGUCAAAAUCCAGAUAAAGCUAAACAAAGAGAAUGAAAACAUUUAGGCCACCGUAGUUGAAUUGGAUAGAAAUGUUUACGAUAGACUGAGCAUUAAAAAAAAAAAAAAAAAAAUCUGGACAAGCGACUGGAAAUGUUUAUCUUGGUUUAAAACAAAAGAAAAAAAGUUUUUUUUCAAGCCUUUCAAUCCUAUUGAUGCGUUUAAAGAGGAGUGGUCACUUCUCGGAAGCUUCACCAUUAAAUGAAACACUGAAAGUCCUCUAAAAGUUGUUUCACCCCCUUUUACGUUUCCCAACAUUACAUAAGUUUAAAAGGGAAAUUCUAACUUCAGGAAUACAAACUGUAGAGUUUCCACAUGCAUAUUUAGAUCCCCCACCCUUUUAAUCCUGAAAUAAAGAUUUACUCACCUUUCAACCCUUGCUGUUGCCACUCCCACCCCUUUAAAUGAAUCUGUAACGAUGAUCUCAGCUGCCAGUCCAAUGCUUCUCCAUAGAAAAGCAUUGGGAGACCUACCUCGCAUGCAUGGAAGCUGCCACACUGCACCAAUUGGUAUCUCCUCCUAGAAAUGCAUUAUAUCACUGCAUCUCUAUGAUAAGUCCAUAAAUCCCAAAUAGGACAGGUAUUGCUUUGAUAAAUCCACCCUGGACUCUUCUGUUUAAGCCUCCUGUACAUCUCUGCUUAUUAGAAUCAACUAGUCGCAGGGGUAGGCAACCUUUGGCACUCCAGAUGUUGUGGACCACAUCUCCCACAAUGCUCUUACACCCAUAAUGCUGGCAAACCAUCAUGGGAGAUGUAGUCUAAAACAUAUGAAGUGCCACAGGUUGCCUAUCUUGAUGGAGGCCGAGAAGCUUCGUGUUCAUUUGCUGGUCAGUGGUUGUGUGUCAACAUAGAUUGCCUUGCGUUAUUAAUGUUGCCCUUGUAUGGAUUUUAAUUGUUCAUGUUACCUCUACAUAGAAAUGUCCGAAGUUUCAACAGCUGGCAGUGCAGAACAAUGAAAGUAAUGAAAGAUGAAGUAAAGUCUUCUUGGAAGAGGCUGAUGGGAGUGGAGAGUGCCAGCAACAUGGACUGCCGUUUUAGACUCAACAGUCACAAAAUGAUGUUUAUAAUUAACUCUGAAGACUAUAUGUACCGCUGGGGAACACUAACAAGGGCCAGAGAGGUAUGGUUUCACAUGUUAUUCAUUCCUGAGAAUGGACCUUUCUAUAGGUUCUUAAAGUACAAAUGGCAUUAUUCACUGUAGUAUCAAUUGCAGGGAAUUUAAAGUGGAUUUCCAAUUUAGGGCCAAAAUAUUCCAACUACAAACAGGGCUGACAUGGAGAAAUUUUCCAGUUUGCGAACUGUGGCCUAAAAUUUUACAUUUGCUUUGAAUCCCUGAUAACUCAUACCUUGCAUGAAAAACCUUAUAUGUCCGUAAUGUGGAAAAGUGUGGAAAACAUUGUUAUAUUAUCUUGCUGCUAUACAGUGCUUCUUGCAGAUGAAAUGGUCUACACAAAAUAUGCAAAGACUCUUUAAACCUAUCCAUGUGACAGUGCCUCUAACCACUUGUCCCUUCUUUUUGGGGACUCCUUACAUAUCAGGACAUCAACAUCAUUUCCCUAACUCUGUGUGGCUGACUUCCAGAUAUUAACUCUUUCAGGAUCAAACACUGGAAAUACAUUAAUAACAUACCAUGUAGGAAAUUGAAUUAAGACUCAAACACCUCUUUGGCAGAAAAUGUAAACAUGAUGUGAUGACUUUAUCAUAUAUGAUUAAUAGCUCCACACUGUCUGCAGCCACAUUGAUAUUAAACCACAUUAAUCUCUGAUAUGUAAUUCCUUACUAACUCCCUAAAUGGCUGCACAAUGGCAUAUACGUGACACUAACUUCUUCAAGAAUAAGUGAAGAUUUAUUUUCACAUUGUGGAAAAAUGUGUUUAAAGGGACACUCCAGUGCCAGGAAAACAAUCCGUUUUCCUGGCACUGCAGGUGCCCUCUACCUCCCACCUCCCAUCCCGGUUGCUGAAGGGGUGAAAACACCUUCAGUCACUUACCUGAGACCCUCGGCGGUGGUUUUGGGUCGCCACCGCUCCUCCCCUUCCUUACGUCAGCCGGCAGGGGAGACUGAUCCCGCCCGCCAGCCGGGCAGACCUAGUGCGCAUGAGCGGCAAUGCUGUGCACGCGCAUUAGAGCUCUCCAUAGGAAAGCAUUGAAAAUGCUUUUCAAUGCUUUCCUAUGGGGAAUUGAGCGACGCUGGAGGUCCUCACACAAAACCUGUGCUAUAGACACGGAAGUGCCCUCUAGUGGCUGUCUAGUAGACAGCCACUAGAGGAGUUAACCCUGCAAGGUAAUUAUUGCAGUUUAUAAAAAAAACUGCAAUAAUUACACUUGCAGGGUUAAGGGUAGUGGGAGUUGGCACCCAGACCACUCCCAUGGGCAGAAGUGAUCUGGGUGCCUGGAGUGUCCUUUAAGUAAAUUUGUUUGGAUAUUGUGAUUAAACAAAUGACUGCUCUCAAACGGAACUAGGGUCAUUAAAAAAUAAAUAAAAUAUAUAUAUAUCUAUUUGAUAGGAUUUAGUGUAAGUAAAUAUUUACCACGAAGCUGUAGACUUUAUAUGUUUUUACUCCUCGGAUGUCACUAUGAGCGUCAUCAUCUACAGCAGGGGUUUCCAAACCAGUCCUCAAGUACCCCCUCUACCAGUCCAGGAUUUAGGGAUUACCCUGUUGUGUCUAAAAAAAAAUAUUUUUUUUCUUUUCUAAAAACACCUUUGACUUAACUGGGUAAUCCCUAAAUCCUGAACUGGUAGAGGGGGUUCUUGAGGACUGGUUUGGGAACCACUAAACAUAUCAUCCUUGAGUGGUUCCGGGAGAUCAGUUUAAAAAUCUAUUGUUAAUUGUGUGUGAACUAUUGGUUUUGUAUGUAAAGCUAAACUCCUAAUGCUACUAUUAACCAUUUCCAGUUCCAGCCAAUGGUCUUCCAGAAGCACCAUGAGAAAUUUAAAGCCUGGCACAAUCGCUGGCUGCAGGAAAACGUCAGCCCCAGAGCAGCCGAACUUGUGCAAGACUGGCUGACCGGUGAAGAAGACGAAGACAUGGUUCCCUGCAAGACUGUAUGUGAAUUCUCAGACGUUCACGGCAUGACGGUCACCAAAUACAGAGUUCAGUACAGCCGCAGAGCUGUCUCUCCUUGACACGUAUUCACCACCACCAAUUUCUAUUUCCUGCUUCUUCUUUUAUUUUUUUUUUAUUUUAUUUUUUGGAGGGCUGCUUUUUUAAUUUAUUUAUUUUUCUUUUUUAAAGGAGCACCUCAUUGACAUUGAGGUUGCUGGACGUUAACGCCAGUUCUAUCAUUGUUGACUGUAAUAGUCAAGAUACUCUGUGCUUAAUACCAUCACUAGCAGCUGAGCUAGUCUAUGAACUUGUCUUUUUCAGGCAAUCACAUACAUCCUGAAAGUUCAAUCAGUGCAAAUAUUGGUUAAUCAUAUGCAGGAAAAGGAUAAUGAAAUGAGUCAUUGUUUUAAUAUUACAAUGAAAAAUGCCAUGUUAUUUGUUAGUAAGAUCAAAAUCUUUUUCCCCAGGAAAAAUUCCACAAAUAAUUUAAAAUGAAAAAAGAACUCUGAGAACAGAGAGAGUGCAGCUGGUUUUAAUCCCUUAAUGACCGUGCUAAUCACUAUUCUAUAAGAGAACAUUUUACCUUGAUUAUCCAUUCCUGAAGGUGUUCUCUUUGCAGCUAUUCUAUUUAAACUGCUUCUUUCAGCCGCUUUGUAUGAUUUUGGUGCGUUUUGAUUAUUUAAAACUAAUGAGAAUAAAUGUAAAAGAUACUUCCUUCCUCUCUUAUGGAACAAGCAGCAUUAAACCUUGAAUUUGAAGCACUUGUAUAUGAACAGUUUUUAAAACUUGUUCCGUUAACCCCAAACUCUGGAAGUGUGGCUUCAGUAUUUAAAAUUCAAAAAUAGUAAUUAUGAGAAAAAGAGGAUUACGUAUUCCUAUGAAUUAUUAUAUAGUACCACAAAUCAUGAUUUUUUUUUAAGGGUUUUUUGUCUAUAUUGACUUGCAUAAUGGUUACAUUAAAUAAAACCUGUGCUUUAAAACCGGUAGAGUGUGCUUUUUCGUGACGUUGUCCAAAGA